CUUUAAAAGGAGCAAGCUGAUCCGUCUCUCCUCACUUCUCUCCUCUUUCCCUCCACCGGAGAUCAGACAGACAGACGGCUCCUCUUCCUACUCCAUCAUCAUGACAAUGAUGUCCACUUAUUCCACACGGAACUCCAUGAUGGGUGGAGGAAGCAGCUAUGGAGGUGGCGCAGGUUUGGGCAUGGGAAGAUCAUCAAUGGGCGGAGGCAUGAGCUCGUACAGCAUUGCAGGAGGAGCGAUAGAUGGAGGUGUGAGGGUCUCCCGGGCCAGCAGGACCUUCUCUGCUGGUGGUGGUGGUGGUGGAGGCGGUGGCGGCUUUGGCUUCGGUGCUGGUGCAGGUUUUGGUGGCGGCGCAGCUGCAGACGACAGCGUCAUCGGGAACGGGAAGUUCGCCAUGCAGAAUCUGAAUGACCGUUUGGCCACCUACCUGGCCAAGGUGGCCACUCUGGAGACGGCCAACGGCGAGCUGGAGCUGAAGAUCAAGCAGUUUGUGGAGAGCAAGGUCGGCCCCUCCACCAGGGACUACAGCGCCUUCUACGCCACCAUCUCUGAGAUGCAGGGAAUGAUCCAGGACGCCAUCCUCCUCAAAGCAACAGUCAUGCUGAGCAUCGAUAACGCCAAGCUGGCUCAGGACGACUUCAGAAUGAAGUUUGAGAACGAGCUGUCGAUGCGUCAGUCAGUUGAGGCCGACAUUGCCGGUCUGAAGAUGCUGCUGGGAGAAAUGGGCGUGGCCAAGACCGACCUGAUCAUGCAGACAGAGUCUCUGAGGGAAGAGCUGGUGUCCAUGAAGAAGAACCACGAGGAGGACCUGAUGUCCAUGCGCACUCAAAUGAGCGGGCAGGUGAACGUGGAGGUGGACGCCGCCCCUCAGGCUGACCUCACUAGAGUCUUGGAGGAAAUCAGAGAGACGUAUGAGGCAUCUGCCGCCAAGGGCCAGAGAGAGCUCGAGUCCUGGUUCCAGGCUAAGUCGGCGGAGAUCAGUCAGGAAGUGGCAACAACAGAGAUGACGAUGAAAUCAACAUCAACAGAGGUGAAGGAUGUGAAGAGUCAGCUUCAGGGUCUGGAGAUCGAGCUCCAGUCACAACUCAGCAUGAAAGCGUCUCUUGAAGCCACACUGAGCGAGGUCCAGAGCCGCUAUGGCAUGCAGAUGAACGCAUAUCAGUGUCAGGUGACCAGUCUGGAGGAGCAGCUGGUUCAGCUGAGAGCCGACCUGGAGCGUCAGGGACAGGAGUACCAGAUGCUGCUGGACAUCAAGACCAGGCUGGAGAUGGAGAUCGCCGAGUACAGGAGGCUGAUGGACGGAGAGGGAGCUUUAUCUUCAAUGGUCUCCUCCUCCAUGUCCUCCUCUGGUUUGGCCUCCUCUGCCAUGAACGGCAGUUCCUCCUCCUCCUCCUCCACCACCACCACCACCACAGUCGUCACAAAGGUCAUCGAGGUGGAAGAGACGGCCUGAGACCACUUACACGUCUGUCUGAACCGAAGUCAAGCCUCAACCAAUUAACUCUCUGCAUGCCGACCCAGGCUGCAGAUCUAUCACUUCAUUCUCUACUCAGCUUUAAUUCACAAUGACUCCAUAGAUUCUGGGUGUUAGAGGGGGGAUUGAACCUUGUAAGCCUUGGCAGGGAAUGAGUUUAAAAAAAAAUCUUCUGUCUGAUGCUGCAAGGAAUAAAACUUUACUUAACUCA